AUGGCUGCUGCCAACCAAGGCGCGCCCUCCUCCUAUCCUGGCGGUCCUCCACCUCCAGGCGGCGGCGGUCCAGCAUACCCUGGACAGCAACAGUACCAGGCCUAUCCUGGCGGCCCUCCACCACCCCAAUUCUCAGCCUCAGCUCCUCCUUGGAGUGCCACGCCUCCGCCGCAGAGUGGAACACCAAAUCCUUACUAUAGGAAUCAGCAACAAUCUCCCCAGCCUCAUCAACAACAAAAUGCUUACAGCCAGCAGCCUGCCUAUGGUCAGCCGCAGUCGCCUUAUGGCCAGCAGCCUGGAUAUGGACAGCAACAACCACCAUAUGGACAACAGCAACCUUAUGGACAGCAGCAGCCUUAUGGACAACAACAACCUUAUGGAGCACCACCGCAGCAACCAGCUUACGGGCAGCAAUACCCUCCUAACCAGUCUCAAUACGGACAAGGACCGCCAGGUCAAUUCCGCCAAGGUCAGCCUGGCUACCCUCCCCAAGGAGGCCCCGGUUACCCUCCUCAGGGCGGCGCACCUGGUUAUCCUCCAGGACCACAAGGAGGCCAGCAGUUUAAUGCCCCUCCAAACCCACAGCAACAAGCAGCCUACAAGCAGGUUCUUCAAAGCUGCAUCAACGAGAAGCAGCUCCAGGGAAUGUACCCACCAAACUCGCCUAUUCUCGACCAGAUAGUGAGCAAGAUCAGCGGCCAGGUUGACCAGCUCUGUGCCACAUGGCGAGUCCCUCGUGAGGUUGGCCAAGAUAUCGUCAAGCUUGCUCUCUUCGACAUUAUUCUCUACAUCGAUGACAGCGGCUCCAUGCAGUUUGAAGAGAACGGCGAACGUAUCAAGGACCUCAAGCUUAUCCUCUCUCGUGUCACAUUCGCCACUUCUUUGUUCGACGAUGAUGGUAUCCAGGUUCGCUUCAUGAACUCCAACGAACAGGGUAACAACAUCCGAAACGAAGGGCAAGUCGAAGCUCUUAUGCAGCGCAUGCAAUUCAAGGGCCUUACCCCCAUGGGAACCAGCUUGAAGAACAAAGUCCUGGAACCCCUCGUCCUGGCUCCUGCUAGAGGCGGUCAACUCAGAAAGCCGGUCUUGAUCAUUACUAUCACGGACGGUCAGCCCGCUGGAGAAGCCCAGGGCGCUGUGUUCGAUGCCAUCCGCAGUGCUACCCAGGAACUCCAGUCUAACCCAAGAUAUGGCCGUGGAGCAGUCUCCUUCCAAGAGUUCCUGUCUAAGCUUGACGAAGAACCUGGUAUUGGCGAGCUCGUCGACUGUACUUCUAACUUCGAGGUUGAACAGGACGAAAUGUCUCGCGCCAACCCACCAGUCGACUUGACCCCUGAGCUCUGGCUUGCUAAGAUGAUGCUUGGUGCUAUUGACUCCUCCUACGACACCAAGGAUGAGAAGACCCAGCGAGCUCCCGGAGGAGGACCAGGAGCACCCCCACCAGGCCAGUACGGUGGAUACGGCCAGCAGCCUCCCCCGCAGGGUGGAUAUCCCGGUGGUGGUUAUAACCAGCCGCCACCACAAGGCGGUUAUGGACAACCACCACAGCAAGGUGGCUACGGACGCCCUCCAUCUGGCCCUCCCCAGGGCGGACCAGGCUAUCCUCCACAGGGAGGAUAUGGCGCACCACCACCCGGCGGCCGUUACUAG